AGCAGAGGUUCCGAGGCUCGGAGCAAGCCAGAGGUGCUCGCGUAUUCGUGCGGUGUGGAGUGCGUGUGGCGGGUAUCAAAAGCCCCGCAGAAAGUGUCCUGGGAGGAAGGGGUUGAUCGUGUGGCAUCCGUCACUAGAUUUAAUGUGACGGUAUUGUAAUAGAGCAGAGAGUAAAAAUGUCGGAAGGAAAGAGGUGGAGAGAGGAAGCGUUAAAUAUGGCAUAACAAGGAGAUUUGGAUCGCUUCAUCUUUAACAUUGGUGUCCGUUUGAAUUAUAAUGAAUCUCAACAUGGAUGGAUUUCGUCUUCACCAUCUGAUCUCUGGCCCUAUAGCCAAUCUAUUGCAGUCAAAAUGGAUUAAAGAAGUCAAAUGGAUGAAUCCAAGAGCGUCGACCAACGAGGCUUAUCAGCCAACCUCAGUAGAACACAUAGCGAAUGUCGUUACUCAUGGGAUGUGGGUGAUGCCUUCGCUUCUGGCUGGUAUAACGCUUGUCCAACGCUCCUCGACGCAAAUGCAACUCAUCUCUGCUCUGGUAUACGGAACUGCGCUUCUUCUCGUCUUCACAAUCUCCACGUUUUUCCAUAGCGUACAUUACUGCAAUCAUAACAGGCAGCUUAAGGAUGCGCUACAUCGAUGCGAUCGUGCAAUGAUAUACGUCUUCAUAGCAGCAACAUACUUCCCGUGGUUAACGGUUAAAGAUUUUUCGGACGACGGAUUAUUGAUAGCAAUGCGUUAUCUUGUUUGGAUUAUGGCGAUGCUUGGUAUUCUAUACCAACAAAUCUUUCAUGAGCGUUUCAAAAUGCUCGAGACCAUCUUUUAUCUAGUCAUGGGAAUCGGACCCAGCAUUGCGAUCAUCAAUAUUACAGAAAUCAGCGGUAUAAAAGAGCUAAAAGUUGGCGGUCUGAUAUACGUAGCAGGCGUUGUAUUCUUCAAAUCGGAUGGACGUAUACCAUGUGCGCAUGCAAUAUGGCAUCUAUUCGUGGCUGCGGCAGCAGCGUUCCACUACUACGCAAUAUUGAAUUACCUUUAUCCCAGUUCAGAGAACUUGGAUCUGAAUGUAUCAGCGGGAUCACUUCAUUCUGGUGUUUUGGAAUCUCACUUGGAGCUUUAAGUUUGAACGUAAAUUGUAAAUAAUAGAUAGAAAUCAACUUUGCAGGAUAUGGUAAAGCCAGAUCUGUUAGUCAGCAAAGACGCAAUAGUUGAAUUACCAAUGCACAGUCUGAUCUUCUUGCCACAUAGCUCUCUAAUAUUCGAGGAUACAAACCUUGAUGAUAUCCAGUAGUAUAAUGCUCACGGCUUUGAUUUAAAAGAAGCUUGUAUCACUUGAAACGU